AUGAAUAUUAGUCUUGCAUGUUGUGGUCAAACUAAACAUAAUAAAUUUGCCGCAAAAACUAGUACAAUUUAUAACGAGGAAAAGAAAUACAAACUUUCAACAGUUAUCAAUAAUAAUGAUAUAUUUGGUUGUGGAUUAGUUUAUCCUCCAACUAACAAAAUGAAUUACAAACUUCCGUAUAUUUUCUUUACUCAUAAUGGAAAACAAAUUGGUAAAGGUAUAUUAGUACAGAACAAUUCUUGCUCAUAUUUACCAUGUGUUUGGGUUCAAUGCUGUUCUGUUGAAACGAAUUUUGGAAAUGAUUUGGAGUCAAAACCUUUCAAAUAUGACGUUUCAAAACAUUUCAUUCUUAAGAAAUUUUAUUGA